AUGAAUAUUGUUUACUUUAGGCAAAAGUGCCCUUAGCUAUCGUUGGCGUUAACUUUAUUAUUUAUUUCAGGCAUAAGUGCCGUUGGCUAUUGGUGGCGUUAACUUGCAUGGAAAAUGGAAAGUGUAAGAAAAAUGUCUUAAAGCUGCUUACGAAUGUCACUAUCGCAGAUGUUGACAAUUAUCCAAUGUACCGGCGCAGAAAUACUGAGAAUGGCGGCCACACAUUUACACUGCAAUGGCCCAGUUUUACAAAUCCAGUAGAAUUUGAUAAUCAGUGGGUGGUACCAUAUUCACCAUUGCUUUCAAAAACUCAUGAGGCUCAUAUCAGUAUCGAGCUUUGCAGUUCUGUAAAAUCAAUUAAGUACAUUUGUAAAUAUAUAUCAAUAAAGGCAAUGAUUUGGCCAUAUUUGAAGUAAAAAUAUAAAUAACAAUAAUGAAAUAACACUAUAUCAAAUGGAUAGAUACAUUAGCAGCAACGAAGCUAUUUGGCAUAUUCUUAGCUUUCCCAUACACGAGAGCAUCUUGCAGUCUAUCUUUGAAAAUUGUCAAUGUGUAUCCUUCACAGAAGAAAAUGUUCUCCAAAGAGCUCCUGAGGUUCCAAAAACAACACUAACUGAAUUUUUUACAUUAUAUCAAAAAUGUGAUAUUUUUGGCCAAUUCGCAAAGACAUUGAUACAUAGUGAUGUUCUACGUCAUUUCACAUGGAACAAACCCGGUAAAAAAAAUGGGAGCCACGAAAACAAGUAAAACCACAUUGCUACAUUAUAUAACAAAAACUUAUGAAAUAAAUUUGUGUUUAUCGAUUAACUAUUAUGAAUAAAAUAAGUCAGUAACAUGAGAAGCAAACGGAAGCUCGAUAACCAAAUUUAGUUACUUAUAUCCUGGAGCCUUAGCACCUCUUAUCAUCAAAAUACAUAUACCAUACACUGCGAUUUAAUGCAUAGCAAAUUUAAUAAUAUAGCUGUGUGAUAAUACCUACACGUAUAUAUUUUAAUUAAAGUUUUGAACAAUCAAUCACUAAUUAUUUAAAAGCCAAAAUAAUUUUACUGUAUCUUCACUAUAAUAUGAAUUUAAUUUACACCUCAGUCUAAGUAAGACGCGGCUGGUUAUCCUAACAUCAAAAAUUUAAAAAGUAAGAAUAAUAGAAUAUUUUGUUGCAAGUUAUUUGUCUAUUGAUAAGAUAGCUUACAUCUCAAUUUUCAAUCACAAUGUUAUUUUAUUUCAAAUUCUUUGUGUACUAGUAGGCAGUCACAAUUGUCCCUUAGCUCCAAAAGAUUCUAACCGAUGGUGAUAAUUAUUGAUUGGAUUGAAUUCAAUAAAUGGCGCUAUGUUAAAAAUACAAAUAUACAUAAUAGCAUAAUAACUACCUAUUGCUGAAACUGUUUUAAUAAGACACACAAAUGGAUAAUCAGCAUAUGCGUACAAAAACGGAAAGGACAACUCAGGAGCAGCUGCAACAUUAUGUAAUGUUUUGCAAGCAGCAUCCUGAGUUGCAAGGGGGGAAGCUAACUCCGACCAACCCUCAAGGGCUGCAAAUACUGUGGUCGGAGUUAGCAGAUAAUUUAAAUGCCUUAAGAGGUCCAACUCGGUCGGCAGCAAUGAGGAGGGCGUCCUUAAUGCAUUGGAAACAUCAGUUGCGAUCGCGAGCGCGCAAACUGAAGGCACAUGCGCUAGCGACUGGUGGAGGCUCUCCGAUAAAUGGAAUAACUGAGUUCGAGGAGCAAGCCAUUUCAACUUUUGGGGCAGCAGCGGUGGAUGGAUUGCCGGGUGUUGCAACUUUGGGUCACCAGGAAUAUUUUAAUUUAAUAUUUGUCGGACUAUAUAUUUUAUUUUUACAUGAGGCAAUAAUUGAUCCGUUUUAUACUUACAGGUUUUGCAGCCGUUGUAUUUAA